UAGAAUCUGAGAAUCGUCAUGAGUCGUUUGUUAUUUCUUGUCUGCCUUUGUCACAUGUUUACUACCAUUGUGACGGCACCAAGUCAGCAUAUGAUAUGCAAUAAUGUGGACGACGUGUUUGCUGAAGACGAAAACGAUUCGAUUCCCAGUCGUGGUUCAGCCCACUCUCGUCGUUUCCAAAGUUUACCUGGAAAAAGAGGCUCGAAAGGUGAAAGAGGUGAAAUGGGAAUGCACGGGGUUAAAGGUCAACAAGGCGAAUCAGGAAUUGUCGACUAUCAAAAAGUUAAUGCAACCGUUGAACAGCUAUUUGAGAGAUUUGUGGAAAAUUCUGUGGCGUCAAGAGUGGAAGAGCUAGAAGAACGAAUGCUGGCAAAACUUGAAGAAGCCGUUCAAAAACUAGAUGAAAAAAUUUUGCAAGGAUCUUGUGACGGUGUGAGCUAUCUCGGGAAAUGUUACAUAGCUUCAUUACACAUUGAAAGAGAUGUCAACUACGAUCAAGCUGUUGCAAUGUGUGGGGAAAGAUCGGCAAAACCAGCAGACAUAAUCGAUUCUCAACAUUAUGAUUUGGUUCUCAAAUAUAUUCGAUCAGUGUUGUCUAUUUCAUACGCAGAGUUAUGGCUUGGCAUGAAAUACGAUCACCAGACGAAAAGAGCUUUACUGUCGAGUGGAACUACUGCUCCAUACACUAAUUAUCACCCGGGACAUCCUAGACCUUACACUCUAAUGGCGAUUGUUGUAAGAAAUCCAUCGAGUAGUAACCAAGGAAUGUUCAACACCCAUCCUUCUUCAAAUUUAAACGGAGUCUUGUGCCAGAAGGAACGAUUUCCAUCAAACUAA